AUGGAAGACGUUGAGCUUAGCGAGCUUGUCAAGCGGUUCCAGUCGCUGCAGCGAGUGCAGGUGUCGAACCAAAUUACGGAGCGCAACGCGGUCGAGAUUGUCAAUGCGUUAAUUCAGAAAAAACUCAUCGAUCUCCUCUUCACCACAGACGCCAAGGAGUACCUCACCUGGGAUGAGCUGAAACGCGAGAUCAUGGACGAGGUGCUAGCCAACGGCGGGCGGCUGAACGUCGUUGACUUACCAGGACUGCUCAACGUACACACCUUCCAGGUAGAGCGUGUUCUGCCUAGUGUGUUGGCGGAGAACCCCGCCCUCACACUCGAAGGUGGUGAACUCAUGACAGACGGGUAUCUGGACUCAGUAGUGUUGGCUGCCGGAGACCUUCUGAAGGAGCAGGGCUCGCUCGCCAUAUCGAAGUUUGCCUCCGUGAACCAGCUGAGCUCCCUCUUUGCGAAGAGUUUACUCAGCAAGGCAAUGGAUCGGGGUCGUAUUGACGCCCUCAUGCAAGACGGGUCGCUCUACACGAAGCAGUUUGUAAAUCGACAGCGUAUGAUUGUGCGUGCCGGGCUGCUGGCGGCGGAGGAGCCAGUUCGGCUGGAUGCCUUCUACAGGCGCAACAAGCUCUUCGCACCGCUGCUGAGCCAUGUCGUCACUGAAGUCCGCCAGGAGCUUCCUGGCAGCUUUGAUGGAUUUAGCACCUAUAUUCCACUCGUGUACGAGGCAAAGCGCACGGCAGAGGUGGAGAACUUGUAUGCGUCGAACGGCUAUGUUGAGUACGCCCAGUUGCAGCGGCAGGGGAUUAGCAACCCUCGCCAGUACCUUACAGAGCGCUAUAACCCACCUGAUGCGGCAGCGACUGAGCAGGCUGCGGGCACUACGGGGCCAUCGAGCGCCUCAGCGUCGGCUAAGCAGCGAAAGGGUCGAAAGAAAGGGCAAGGGAGCAGGGUAACUGCCGUUGUCAGAGAGGCAGCAGUGCAGGUGACAGUGCGAGCCUGCGCCGAGCACCCCUUGUGUGGGUACCCGCUUUCUAACGGGUUCGUGUCGGAUCGCUUCCUCAGAAAUCUCCCUGCCUUACAAGCCCUGGUGGACCGAGAGACCCUCGCCGUCGACGUUGCCGAGCAGCUUCCACUGUUUGUGGAGGUGGAGAGGGACUGGCCAUUGCUAGAGGAGCGUCUGUGCGAGCUGUACCCCGGGCUGGAGAGCGCCACGCUCAUCGCCAACACUAUACUGCUAUCCGCGGCAGCCGAAGAGGCGAUCAAGGCAGCCCUUCCACCCGCCGUGGCAAACGCCAGAAAGUCGAGAGUGCUUGUGAGCACUGUGGUGUCGGACACGAUCGCGUCUGUGCUGAAGCUGUCGCACGAUCGGUAUAGUGAGGUUCUCCGGGAGCUGGUGGAUAUGUGGGGGGAGGUGGUGGCGGCGCUGGAGCAGCAACUGGCGCUGUCGGCUGCCAAUAAUGCGGCCGCAGAGUUGAAGCAGCUCAGAAGCGACUUGCAGGAGCAGCUCGCCACGCGCUGGAUUCACCUCUGGGUCACCGCAAAAGGGUUGGAGUGGGCUCUGGCCCAGCUGGAUGAAUCGACGUCUUCGGUCAUUGCUCGGCACGUCAUGUCUACAGAGGCGUAUGAGCUGGCAAGGCAGGUCAUCCGCAACGAGAGUCUUGACACUCAGGAGUGGAGCGAGAAGGUCGCAGCGGCGCUCGAGCAGGUGAGCCAGCCAGCCCAGCUAAUGAAGGCUUUGGUACCCUUUUCGGAGAGUCGUCGCAACACCCUUAUACCUCUGCUGGACGCCGUCAAAGGCAGAUCGGUUGGGGUGUUCCUCGAUACCCUACGCGAGAUGAGCGGCUCAGGCGUCGUUGCUGUUGCGUCAUUUCACUCGCCGAACAAGAAGGCGGAGCGGGAUGCGUAUGCGAAAAUCAAGGAGUCUGUAGCCCAAGAGGUGGCGGCGGCGUCCGUGUCAAAGAGGGAUCCUGCUGCCAACGGCAAAUUGCUCUCUUUACUCUGCACGCUGCUCGUACACCAGCGCUUUCGGUGCCACGUUGAGGUUCCUGGCAAGGCGGUCGCUGGCGUUGUGGGCCGCCUAAAAUCAGAGGCGGAAGUACCGUCCACUUUGGAGAGAGCUAAGGAUGCGGUGAUGACUGCCUUGCAACACGGCACCGUCGAUGAGGCAGGGGCGGCGACGCUCGAAGAGCUCCGCACCGCUAUAUUGACGCUCAGUUGA